AUGCGCAGCGUGGAGUCCCUGAAGGCCGACCCGCUGCACGGGUUGGACUCCCGCUGGAGCUGGAUCACGGCCGUGUCGUGCAGCUGCAUGCUCUUCGUGGCCACGUGCAGCGUGCGCGUGGCCGGGGUGCUCUUCUACGGCAUCGUGGACACCUUCGGCGUCACCAGGGAAGAGGCCUCCUGGCCGGUCACGCUCAACGGUUGCAUGCUCAACUUGGCAGGGCCGUUAAUGGGAUACCUGUGCAGGCGCUUUUCUUGCAGGAACGUCCUGCUCAUCUGCUCGCUCCUAUGCGGAUUGGGAAUCAGCCUAUGCUACUUCGCCCAGGGAGUUCUCUUCAUCAAUCUGAGUUAUGGCUUAUUGCAUGGUAUCACUCUUUCUGGCAUAUUCGUCGGUGGCAACGUGCUCGUUUCACAACACUUUGAGAAGCGUCGGAAUACGGCCCAUAGCCUGCUUUUCACGGUCACCGGACUGAACACCUUCGCUAUCACGACAAUCGUCGAGUAUUUUCGUUCCACCUACGGCACCCGAGGAGCUUUCCUAUUGUUGGGCGCCCUUGUUUUUAACACGUUUCCAGCAAGCAUUUUGCUGCGAAGCCCGAUAUGGAUAUUGCCCAUCAAAACAUCAUCGAAGGGUGCUUCUCAGCGAAUGACAACGGUGGUAAAGCAAAAGAUGUUAAGCUCUUUACACGCGGACGAUCUAAAACCAGGAGACAACAUCGUCAAAAUCCGUCCUAAUGCGGCAGCUAUUCGCCAAGCGAACUCGGCUAAGCUCGCCAGGUCAUCGGUAGUAGAUGACUGGACCGGUAGCGUACAAUCGUUUCUUGAGUUGAAUGUCGAGAAGCCUUCUGUGGGACCCCACGCCCGGGCUGCUACGCUGAGAGAAACGUCAAAGCUAUUCCUUACGCCUUCUUUCGUUGUAAUUGCCCUUUCUUUCUCGGUAGUAGUCUUCGGCAUGGCCACGUUCAUCCUCCUCUCAGUCGAUCUGGCUAAGGAUAAGGGUAUUGUUCCUUCGGAGGCCAUCUAUCUGUUGCACGCCUUCACGGCUGGUGACAUCGCAUUCAGGGCCCUCACGGGCUUUGUUCUAGACUCCGGCUUCUUGUCUCUAGAAGCUGUCAUGCUGCUAGGAUACUUGGUGCAGGGCUUUGCGUAUGAAUUGCUCGUCUGGUCGGAAACUUUGCCCAUGAUGCUGCUAUGCUCCGUUCUUGUGGGAGUGAGCAAUGGCUCGAGAAUUUCUCUGCAAGCUCCCAGCCUCAUCAAGAGCUUCGGUGUGGACACUCUUCCUAUUAUGAUGGGCGGCAUGGUCUUCUGUAUUGGUGCCUUCACCUUGGGUCGUCCAGCGCUUGUCGGUUACUUCAGAGAUCAGCUAGGGGACUACAGGGGACUUCUGCACAUUAUUGCCAUCGUCAACGCUGUAUUCUUUGUUGUGUGGACGUUGAGGCUCCUGCUGCAAAGACGAAAGCAGUCGAGAGUCGAAGACCCCGAGAAUGAAGAUAAAGGGUGUGACAAAAAGGAAAACCUACUGGAAGCAGACAACUCUUGAAAGUUAGGGUAAUAGUUGCUGUUAUAGAGCUAA